GUGGCCGAGCGGGCCCUCUGUACGCUCGCGCACAGGCUCUUGCGCGCGCAGCAGUUCGGGGCGGCGGGCUGUGAUGCGGUCCGGACGGACGGAGCAAGUCGUCAGGAUUAAUGGAGGGACUCACACCCGCGGGAUUUGUUACAAGUUUAUAAGCUGCUCUUUUCACGCCGGGGAGCCGGCACUCAACCUCGGAGCGGAGCGGGGAAACUUCGAGGGAGUUGUUCUGGAGAGUUUUGGUCCAGUGACGAGAGAAAAAGAGACCCCCGCGCCCACCCCCCCCAAAAAAAACCGGGGCUCCGGACCUUUGACAGCUGCACCGCCGCCAGACUGGAAACCCUCGGUGACCGGGAGGUGAGCUGUCAUCGACCGCUCAGCUGCCGGAGGACCGGCGAUCUGAGCAGCCGUGCAUCCUGACUGAGUCCGGCUCCGUCCGCCUGGGGGUCCAUGAUGACUUGGAGGGGGCUUCGGCGGACGGUCCCCUGCUGACAGCCAGACUUCCGCUCCUUUCCUGAAGAUCUAUUUGUAUCUUUUUUUUUUUUUACAGUGAAGACUUUGUCUCUUCCGUCACCAUGGCCAGCCUUGUGAUUAACGAAACUGGAGUGGAGGAUUGUGGGAUCGACGACUCCUUCAAGUACAACUUGUACUCCACGGUUUACAGUGUGGUCUUCGUUUCGGGCCUGAUGACCAACUGCGCCGCCCUCUUCGUCUUCUGCUUCCGGAUGAAGAUAUGCAACGAGACCACAAUGUUCAUGACCAACCUCGCUUUUUCAGACCUGGUCUUCGUCUUCACGCUGCCGUUCAAGGUCUUCUACAACGUCAACCGCAACUGGCCCUUCGGAGACGGGCUCUGCAAGGUGUCAGGGACGGCCUUCAUCACCAACAUCUACGGCAGCAUGCUCUUCCUCACCUGCAUCAGCGUGGACCGCUUCCUGGCGAUAGUCUACCCGUUCCGAUCGCGCUCCAUCCGCACGAGGAGGAACGCGGCGCUGGUGUGCGCCGCCGUGUGGCUCACCAUCGUGGGCGGAGGAAUAUCGGUGACCUUCUUCUCCACCAUCAACAGCAGACACAGAGCCACCACAUGCUUCGAAGGAUUUUCCAAGAACACCUGGAAGACCUACCUCUCCAAAAUCACCAUCUUCAUAGAGAUCGUGGGUUUUCUCUUCCCCCUCCUGGCCAACCUGGUGUGCUCCUCCCUGGUUCUCCGGACGCUUCGCCGCCCGGUCAGCGCCGGCCACGGCUGUGACAGCAAGAAGCGCGUCCUGCGGAUGAUCGUGGUCCAUCUCACCAUUUUCAUCAUUUGCUUCGUCCCGUACAACUUCCUGCUCUUCCUGUACGCCCUGGUGCGGACCCAGGCCCUGGCUAACUGCGCCGUGGAGCGGUUCGCUCGGACCCUGUACCCCAUCACCCUGUGUCUGGCCAGCCUCAACUGCUGCCUGGACCCCGUGGUUUACUACUUCACCUCAGAGAGCUUCAAGAAGAGCCUGACCAUUGGUGGCAAGGGGUCCGGCUCGAGGCCCGAGAGCAUCCCCCGCAGCGACAACGAGGCCCAGGACACGGCCGUCCCCAGGGACACUCAGACCGCGUCCAGCAACGGGAAAGACGCCCCGAUAUCCGACAGCCAGCUAUGACUCGGCGCUGUCAGGGGUGAAAACGGGUCGCGGGCGGGUUCUGGAGGAACCCUGAACUUGAACAACAAUCAGCUGUUUAAUUGUGGAAGUGGAAAACAAAUAGCUCAGCAGAUUAGCUAAGACCAGAGGUAAGUCCUGAGGUUUGGCCUGGGCUUUGUGGAUUAAUCCAACACUGGAGGACAGAGGAAUGUAGCUGUGUUUGUUAUAACACACACACACACACACACACACACACACAGGCAGAGGGGUGGCAGAGCCACGCCGGGGCCACCGUGACAGAGACAAGGAGCUGCUCAAGCUGACACUGAGCUGUCCAUAAGAUGGAGAUUCUUAUUCACUUUGUUGAUAUGAGCUGUUCAGUGCUUUUGUAAUAAAAUCGUUAUUUUUAGAAAGUUUCAGCUCUGGCAGUGCGUUACAUCAUCGAUGUAGUGACACUGAUCAGUUCGGCGGGGGGGUCAGGGUCGCGCUCAGAAACUGAAAACAAAAUUAAAGGCAUAAAAUUACGAGAAUACAAGAACAAAAUCAUAAUAUUAACAAGAUAAAAUCAUGACUUUAGAAAGUUGUACAAGAAUAAUGCUGAAAUAAUACUAGAAUAAAUAUUCAACAAGAAAGUUGUCAUAUUUUUGAGAAUAAAGACAUAAUGUUGACUUUAUAAUCAAAUCGUGACUUUAUUUUCAGAAUAAAUUCAUGAUUUUAUGACUUUAUUCUUGUGUCUUUAUUCUCAAAAUAUUACAACUGUGUUCUCGUGUUAUUUCGACUUUCUCCUCGUGACAUUGUGUCAUUUUAUUAAACCUUUUUCUUAGCAUGGCCCUAUCACUCCGUCGUAGUUCAGUUUGGUCAGACCUGGUGUUACUGUAUAAAGCAGUAUUAUGUUGACCUGCUGAAUUAAACGUCUGUCAUGUUGAA